UAUAAAUAGAUCCACUCAACCGGUAACUUUAGUAGGCAUUUCCCCUUUUAUCAGCAACAUGUUCGCUCUUGGUGUCUUCCUACUUACCUUGCUUCUAAACUCCAGGUUACUGAUAUCUGCAGAGACUGUAAUUACAUGUGAUGGCUUUGUCCAGCAUCUCAGUUGUGACUCUGGGGUGAUCCAUGUGCAGUCAGCAACCUGUGGCCGCACAAGCAGCCAAAUCUGCAGCGUUGGACGACCCCAAAGUGAAAUGGCUAAUGUUCAGUGUUCAAUAGAUAUCCCUGCGGUCUCUAAACGAUGUAAUGGACAGAGAGAGUGUGAGUUAAACACUCAAGGACUUGCACCACAAGAUCCAUGCUAUGGCACCUACAAGUACUACACUACCAUCUACAUUUGCAUCCCAGCCGAAACAAGUGUGACUUGUCAUGGUGGAUACAGUUACUUGAAAUGUGAAAAUGGUAAGAUACAGAUAAAUGCUGCAAACUAUGGACGUACAGAUAAAAUCACCUGCUCUGAAGGACGUCCAUCUGAACCGCUCCAAAACACCAACUGCUAUUCACCCAAUGCACUGGCUCCUGUGUCCAAAAGCUGCAAUGGACUGGAAAGUUGUGAGGUGUUUGCGACACAUACAGUCUUUACUGAUCCCUGCGUUGGCAUAUACAAGUACCUCGCAAUCUCCUAUUUUUGUGUCCAACCUGCAGUCCGUUCAAGUGUGAUCUGUGAACAUGUGAAUAAUACCCUGAUAUGUGAUCAUGGGACUGUCAUACACAUUCACAGCGCUAACUACGGUACUGACAGCAGCACGUGCUCUACUGGCCGACCUGCUUCUCAGCUUGCUAAAACUGACUGCUACGCCUCAAACUCCCAGGCAAUAGCUACUAAUGUGUGCGAAAGAAAAAUUGACAAAAGUGACAGCGUCUUCAGUGAUGCUCCUCCCACACCGACCAUGUCCACUCCCAGAAGCGCCCCCAUGCCGCCCCAUCUGGACGAGACCACCGUGAGCAUUGAGCUUCCUCCUAGAGUACCCAGUGGGAGCUUUAUGCUGGAGGAGGCCCUGGUGGACUCCCGCCCGGCCUCUGCCCUGUCCGAAAACACAGUGAUAAGUGAACAGCCUCAGAGGUUGUCUCCCCUGCCCAGCAGGGCUGACACAACCAGAGCUUGUGACUAUAUUCCUUCCCCAUCCCCGGAUGGAGGAUUGCAAAAUGAAACCACAGGAGGGGUCAUCACUCCAGGAGGACAUGGAGGAGUAGUAACAGGAGGAGUGGUGACAGGAGGAGGAGUCACAGAGAUGACAUAUCCUACAGAGCAAGGCAGUGUCAGCCAGGGGGAGCCUCAGAAUGCUGUCUCAAAUGAUAGGCGAGUACAACAUGUUUGA